AUGUAUAACAACAAUCAAUCAUAUCAACCACUUCUUCAAGAAGAUAAUGCAUACGAAUAUGAAGAGAAUAUUAUCGUCGAAAGAAACAGAGAAGUUAAACAACUCGUCGAUGAUAUGUCUCAAUUACAAGAUGCUAUGAAUGAAAUCAGACAAAUCGUUCAAGAAGAUGGUGAAAAGUUACAACAAGCAAAUACAAAUGCAGAGGAUGCUGAUAUUCAAGUUGAAGACGCAGUCAUAGAGUUGGAACAAGCAUACGUUUAUAAAUCGAGAUCAAGAAAGAAAAUGCUUAUUCUUGGUUGUUUAUGUAUCGUUUUAUUGGUUAUCAUCAUGGUUGUCGUAUUAAAGGUUGUACAUGUCUAUUAA